AUGGAGGUCGACAUUGCCACCGAAAUGGGCAACGCAGUAAUUGCGCCCCCGCCUUUCGACAAGCUACAUGGUUACGACUGCCCUCCCGAGCGGUAUGAGAAAGACGAAAUCCUAGCUACCUGCUUCCCGGAUCGCGGAAAGUUCCAUCAACAAGCUUACUCUACUGGCUACUGCGCCCGGCGAGCUUAUGACGCCAAGAAACACUUGUUGGACCCGGCUAUCGCGGAAAUUACUCGGGCUAACGAGGAGGUGGCUAUGAUUAUUACAGCCUACGAGGUCAGGCCACAGCUGAUUCUGUGAGAUGCAAGUAGGAAUUCCCCUCCCGUCGAUGGAAGUCCGCCUAGGAUUAUUGAGCGCGAGGCACGACCAUGGGGAGCACUCUCCGAGGCCGAAUAUGUCCGUCGGCGAGAUCGAAGUCCGGCUAGGAUUAUUGAGCGCGAGGCGCGACCAAGGAGGGCACUCUACGAAACCGAAUAUGUCCGUCGGCGAGAUCGAUCACCAGACUGGCUUGAUGGUCGCCCACACUACACCAGGACACUUGGUAAACCUCGUUAUUCUUUACUCGAGGAUAUAAGAGAAGCAAUCAGCCUCAAUGAUUGGUUCGAAGUUGUCCGAAGAUAUCAGUUCCAAGACUCACCAGACAUCGCGGAUGGAAGUGCUCUCUGCCUCGUCGUUGAGCAAGGAAAUCCGGAGAUGAUAGAAACCCUGUUGAUUUGGGGGGCUGAUGUGAACCAUGUGAUGACAACUUGGAGCAUCGGAAGCGCCCUUGCUGCUGCUUGUUUGGGAUAUCGAAUUGAAAAUGCCAAACUCCUAAUCCGGAAAGGAGCAGAUGUCAACAUGCGCCUGGUCUGUGGAGAAGAAGGUAGCGCACUGGCAGCAGUCUGCGCGAAGGGGCAGACUGCCAUGGCUGACAUUCUUCUUGAAUCUGGCGCUUCGAUCAAUAUGCCUGUUACUUCAGGACGCUAUGGGAGUGCUUUAGCUGCAGCCUGUCACCGAAAUUCAGCAACCAUGGUCGAUCUCUUGAUUGAUUAUGGAGCGGAUGUCAAUAUGAUACUGGAGAAUGGAGACUUUCCAACUUCACUUAUGGCCGCUAUUCAUGGACGAAGAGGUGAGAAUGUUAAAGUGCUGCUUCACAAGGGCGCUAAUCCAAAUCUAUCGGUCCCGACUGGUAGCUUUGGAGAUGCAAUUUCCCUGGCAGUUCAUAGGAAGGACAAAGUGUCAAUCCGCCAUUUGAUCAACGCAGAGGCUAGGAUAGGUCCGUUGACAGCAGAUCUGAUCUAUACAGAGGGAUUGUGCAGCCCACGAUUUUCCAAUGCUCAUACAAGCACACAUCAAAAGUCCGUCGCGAGUCCGACCUCGACGAACAUCUCCUGCGAACUUCUUGAUUUGCCAAGAAUGUAUAACGAUAUACAGUCUGCGCUUACCAACACGACAGUCUUGGUCAGAAAGAAAGACACCAUCGAGUAUUCAACGGUCCAGAAAUCUCUGUUCGACUAUUACGGUACUCUGGGGAUAGAUGUCAUGAAAGGCCUAGUCAGAACUUUGAAAAGCUCGGAGUGUCUAUACACUGAUGGCAGAAUGUCACUCAUGGCAUAUUCCCAUGGAAUCAGGCUUACUAGUUGUAGCCUCGACCAGGAGUUGCUGAACAUACUCAAGUGGAUUUGUCUCACUGUCAGAAGGCCUGUAUCCGGCGCCAUCUAUCUGUCAGCCGCGGACAGUAACCUUGAACGGUUCGGACCUCCUUCCUUGACCCUACGCCCAUUGCAGCCACUGCACGAGCUUGAUCUGCCUAAUGGCUGCUGGGGAGAGCUAUUUGAUGGUGCAGUAGUUGCUCUUGCGCCAGGAGUACAAAACAAAGCGCCAUGUCGUGGGUUGGAGCUCAAUUGCAAUGCGAUGAUUCAACUAGCAGCGGUAGAGUAUCCUGUUUUGGUUGAAUGCGGCUCUGACUUGCCCUCUGGCCUUGUGUUCCUCGGCUACUCCACUGCUCUCAUCCCAAUUCGCGAGACCGAUGACGGCAUGAUUUUGUGGCAUUUGGAAGUCGCGAGUCAAGAUCGUCAGAUCAAAGCUUCCGAGCUACAAGCAACACGAUCGGAUUGGUUAAGAACACAAGAUUUGAGCUACUUGCUCUCAAAAAAAGCGCUCCUGGGAUGGUGCUCUCGAGCAGAACUUCGUUUGGGUGCCAGCACAGACGAUCUCAAUGUGACAUGGUCUGGUGCGAAAGUGAAGCCCUUUUCAUUUGAACUGGCGAAUAUCAACCUCCAAGCUCUUGCACAGUCUGCAGCUCCAGCUCAACUCGGUAUGCAGGUUGGGGCCUCCUGGCAGUUGGUCAACAACACGGUCAAGUUUACUCCGUCGGGCGAGUACCUGAAAUGCUUGAACCGUAGCAGAUUCGAUCAAAUUGUUCUCUACGAUGUGAGUACCAUGAGGGCCUGGCUGGUUCCUUUGAUUUUCGUGUUGCAUCACAUGCUGUUGGUCUAUUGGAAAGGGAUUCCGGAGAAAUUCCGAGAGGCAGAUGUUCCCCUCGCUGCCACCGCGUCUUGGCACCCGUACGCAUCGUAUGACGCAUUGGUAGACGAAGGGGAUGUAGUGAUUCAGAGGUCGGAGAAAAGCGAAGACUGCUUGACCGUUCUAAAACUCCUUAUCGGCUUUUCAAUCAAUCUGGGCCGGAUUUCGCGUCCAAAAUCCAAGGGGAAGAAAAUCUACGGAUAUGAGUUUAUGGACAUCGUGCAUGAGCCUCCUACCACCACUUUGAAGAAGACGACUCUGGAGAAAGACAGCCUGGCAUGGUCGCCACUACUUAAUGAGAUCAACUGUCUCUUCUGCUCCGAUCUCGGAGACGCAAUCGUUGCUCAACGCACGUCAGAGCUCUCUUCCCCGUGCAAUACAUUACCCAAAGGCCAUGACCUCAUGGCCGCAUUGAUCCGGAGCAUCGAGCUCUUGUCGGAGACGAAAGGGGGCUGGUGCGGGGGACAUAUCAGUCCACUAUUGAAUGACGGAGCCUGGCAAGUGACUGGUUCACCCUUCCAAGAAUGCCAGCACGACACCCACGAAUCAUGCUGGAACCAACCUGAGUUUUUACAAAAAAUCAAACCUCUUCGAUUAAUCGAAAGGACGAGCGGUUCAUCUCUUCGGGAUCAUAUCAACGGCGCUGUUGUCUUUGGUGGGCCAUUGAAAGUUCGAAGGUUUGCACUGUCAAGCCGAGCAUCUGGACAGUAUCAAAGUCGACAGGAGACAAUCCGUGUGCCGAUCAAGCAGGAGCAAGUGGAAAAUACCACUCAGAUGUUUGUGCGAUCCGACUAA